AGACUUUCCCCUGUUCUGUUCUUGAGGUGCGAUAGAGACUCCAUACAAAGAUACUGAGCAAUAUGGAGGGGACUUUCCGAGAGCAGCUUUUCUUCCUUGUGUUAUGUCUGUCAUUUCUGAAAGGAGACACCAGAUACAUCGAGGAAAAUGACAUUACACCAGAGGGAUUAUUUGCACUUCUUAAUUCAGAGCUCAAAAGAGAAAUACCCGAGACAUUAAUUUACAGGCGACCCCUCCGUUGUCUGGACAUGGUGGCAGUAGAGGGUCAGUUCACCUUCACAGCAGACCGGCCUCAGCUCAGCUGUGCUUCUUUCUUCAUCGCUGAACCCGACCAGGUCAUCAGUGUGGAGUAUGACAGCGUUGACAUCGACUGCAGGGGAGGAGACUUCAUCAAGGUGUUUGAUGGCUGGGUGAUGAAGGGAGAGAAGUUCCCUAGUUCCCAGGACCACGCCCUGCCGUUGAUGGAACGCUAUGUGGACUACUGCGACUCUGGGACGGUCAGGAGAACCGUGCGGUCGUCUCAGAACGUUGCCAUGCUGUUCUUCCGCAUUCACACUGCCGGGAGCUCCUUCACGCUGACAGUCAGGAAACCCAUCAACCCUUUCCCCUGUAAUAUCAUCUCCCAGACACCAGAGGGCAGCUUCACCAUGGUGAUACCCCAGCAGCACAGGAACUGCAGCUUCUCCAUCAUCUACCCUGUAGAGAUCAAGAUUGCUGAGCUCAGCCUGGGACACCUCAACGACUUCCCCAUCAAGAGGUCCAUCCCAGGAUGUGCGGGAGCAGGGGACUUUGUGGAGCUGCUGGGAGGGAACGGGAUGGACCCGUCUAAAAUGUUCCCUGUAGCUGACCUGUGCUACAAAUUUAACGGUCCCGCCCAGAUGAAGAUAGGUUGCGAUAACACGGUGGUGAGGAUGGUGUCCAGCGGGAGGUUUGUCAACCGGGUGGCGUUCCAGUACCGUCUGCUGGACCGGCAGGAGCUGCAGAGGAUCAAGGUGAACAGUGUGGAGGAUUUCUGCUUCACUGGCUGAGCUCUCUGUCUCUUUAUCCAUCUCCCCCCAACACGUUGUCUAUCUACCACCUAGCUAAUGGGGACCACGCAUCACCGGCUGCCAAAUCUACUAUGAGACUGAUUACAGAAAAAAGCCUGAAGGUUGCCAUAAAAUUCUGUUCUGUACUACAUUUUGAAUUUAAAGAGAUUUAUUAAUUUUGUACCUCAUUCAUUUUUUAUUUUUUUUUGCUCACUUUCUGUUCAAUGAAUUGUGGCUGGCGCUCAAGCUUAAUAAAGUGUUAUUUUGUGUUUGUGGGCAUUUCUAAUAUUGGUUUUUAUUCUGUUGAACUUGUGUGAUUAUAUGCAGUACAUGACUGUACAAACGGGCCAGUGAGGGUGUUAAGCGGGGCGUUUUUAGUUCACAUUCUCUACAAGAAAGGGUUCUGACAAACGGAAUGUUUCUAUCUAUUUAUUUUGCGAGACGAUGUGUGUGGUUACAGGAGUGUGGAUGGGAGGCGAGUGUUCAAUGGAGGAUGUCAAAUACAUGUUCUUUGCUGUUAUCUAUAUUUAUUUGUAUCAAACAAUUUUUUUUGUAAUAAAACUGAAUCGCAUGAGAAAGCA